AUGAAGACUUCUACACUUACUCUACUUGCUUUUGCAGCCUCUGGUCUGGCAUUCCCGGAUCCUGGUGGUCAUGAGUUUAGUGCCCCAGGGCCGUUUGAUACAAACCACGGCUAUCUCCCGCGCGACGGCAAGAACCUGGAUUACGAAAUGAUCAACAAAGCUGCGCAAGCAGCAUACAACUUCGAGUCGGGCUUUUAUAUAGACGCCGUUAAUAUGGUUUUCGAAUUUAAUAUCUCCACCACAAAUCGACCUAAUGAAACUUUCCAUCUUCGCGACCUCGCUAGGCACGAUACAAUUGAAGCGGACGGCUCGCUUACUCGCAACGAUAUUUACUUUGGAGACGAUCUCCACUUCGAUGCCACCGUUUGGAGUCCUGUUGCGAAGGAUCUCGGGUUGGAUCAUGACCGAUAUGUUGACCGCUUCGUCACGGUCGAUACGGCAGCUAAGGCUACUAAAAACCGCUAUGGUCUUGCGAUGAGUGCCAACCCGCAAUUCAAUGCUUCUGCGCUUUGGAAACAGUUUCAAUACGGGACUACUGCACUUUAUCUUCUGACCCUAUGGGACAAUGAUCACAAUGCUGUGCCAAAGCCAUGGGUCCAAGCCUUGAUGGGCGAGGACCGGAUUCCAUAUAGAGAAGGAUAUACGAAGGGAAAUGUGACAAAAACUGGCAAGCGGCUUCAGGCCAUGAACAAGGCGGUACGGGAUGCAGUCGGGUUGAAUUCUUGA